CACAAAUUGAGACAAAAGUAUAACAAAAACAAUCAUUUAAUCUCUGGGUUAGAGAAUAUGGCCGUCAGUUCAUUGGGAGUCAUAAUCGUUGUCUUCCGACCCCUUCUCCUUCAGAUUGNGGCCCUCUACCAGGGAAGCGAUUAUUGGCUGACCUGGUGGACUAACGAAGUGGACAAACCGGACGGAGUGGUCAAUCAGGACAUGAAUGUCAUAAUCUACUCGUGUCUUAUCGGAGCCCUAUUCCUGACGGCAUUGGCCAGAAGUACCUCAUUCUUCGUGAUGUGUAUGCGCUCGUCGAUCACACUUCACAACAGAAUAUUCUAUUCGCUCUUAAGAGCACCCAUUCAUGUGUUUGACAGCUCGCCAGUAGGAAGAAUACUGAAUCGAUUCACGAAAGACACCGGUAUUGUAGACGAGGCCCUGCCAUCCACUGCAUAUGAUCUCCAAAUGACAGUCACUAAUGCAUUGGGAAUACUAAUCAUGAAUUCAGUGGUCAAUUGGUAUCUCAUAUUUCCGGCCAUUUUUCUGGUGUCCGUAGUGUUUGUCUGCAGAUAUUUCUACAUCAGAUCCGCGCGAGAUAUCAAACGAUUGGAGGGAUUGUCCCGGAGUCCAAUCUACUCGCACGUGAGCACAACCCUCACCGGCCUGUCGACUGUCCGCGCCUUUGGGGCCGAAAAGCUAUUUGAGAGACAGUUCGAGCGCUACCAGAAUGACAACAGCGCCACCUUUUUCAUGUUUGUCUGCACCUCCCGGGGCUUCGGUAUACUCAUGGACUGGAUUUGCAUUAUUUAUAUCAGUUCUAUCGUCACAUUCAUUAUGACUUUCAAGGGCCUUCCCGGUGGAGACGCCGGUCUCAUCCUAUCUCAAGCGUUAAUGUUGACGGGAAUGACUCAAUGGGGGGUCCGGUGCUCAGCGGAUCUCGAGUCCUAUAUGACAGCAGUCGAGCGAAUGCUUGAGUACUCGCGUAUCGCACCCGAGGCUGAGUUGGACUCGACGGCCGACGCCAAGCCGGCGCCCGAUUGGCCACAAACGGGUCAAAUCGCUUUCCAAGACAUGAGCCUCCAGUACCACGAGUCGCCCAAACCGGUGCUCCGGCACAUCAAUUGCCUCAUCAAAGGCGGCCAAAAGGUGGGAGUCGUGGGCCGCACGGGCGCCGGCAAGUCCUCCGUCAUCGCCGCCCUCUUCCGGAUGACCGAACCCGAGGGCUGUGUCCUCAUCGACGGCGUCGACACCAAAUCCAUUGGUUUGCAUGACUUGCGACGCAUCAUAUCAAUCAUACCUCAGGAUCCGGUCAUCUUCACGGGCUCUGUGCGCAAGAAUUUGGAUCCGUUUGACGAGCACUCGGACGACAAACUAUGGGCCGCUUUAGAGGAGGUGCAGCUCAAGGAGCUGAUAGUCCAACUGCCCGGACACCUGGACGGUAUGGUGACUGAAGGGGGCAGUAAUUUGAGCGUAGGCCAGCGCCAGUUGGUAUGUCUCGCCAGAGCUAUACUCCGCGACAAUAAGAUACUGGUGUUGGACGAGGCGACCGCUAACGUGGACCACAAAACCGAUCAUUUGAUACAAAACACAAUCCGUAAUAAAUUCAACGACUGCACAGUUAUUACGAUCGCCCACAGACUCAACACUAUUAUAGAUUCCGAUAAAGUCAUUGUUUUAGACGCGGGAGAGAUAGUGGAGUGCGGAAUGCCGUAUGAAUUGUUGGCCAAUAGUGAGGGUCUGUUCAGUAAACUGGUCCGACAGACCGGGAAGAAUAUGUCACUGAAGUUGAGACAAAUGGCGAAAGAGAGCUAUUGUGACAAAUUUGGUGUCAAUCUGAAGGAGAAGGGG